AUGGGCCCUUCAUCGCGAACGAGGCUGAAGCCGGCGCGGACGCCACUUGGCAGGCUUUCAGAUGGUGGCCCCCUCGAUCCGGGCCUUUGGCCGCCUGCGGGCGCCACUGAGGGCCAGGGGCGGCCUGAGACGCCGAGGCCGGCGCCAGCCCCCGAGCCGAGCGCGUCGGCGGAGCCAGGGCUGGCAAGCGCGGCGGCCGGGCCGAGGCCAGCUGACCUGGCGGCGGAGACAAGGCAGACGGACGCGGCGGCGGUGCCGAAACUGGCGGACGCGGUGGCAGAGCCGGAAAUGGCGGGCGCGACAUCCUUGCUGGGACCGGUGGAUGCGGUGGCCCAGAGGGUGCCGGCAGACGCGGCGGCCAAGGCGGAGACGCAGCCAUCCCCCGAGCGCCCGGCGCCGCCUGCCGACCCCCUCCCCAUCGCGAUCGAGAGCGUCCGGGUGGCGGUCGAGCGGCUGGGUGCGGCGGUGGACGGGGAGGUGGCGCAGCUUGAGGCGGAGCACGCCACGUUGGCCACGGAGAGGGCGUAG